GACAACCAACACUCCGACCAGCCGUCGACAACAAAAUACGCAGGUUUGUCGGAGUGUGCUGCUCCGCUUUUCCACUUCUACGGUGCCUUGACUGUCGCGUGGUUUCCUGGGUGACAAGCACGGCGGUUCCUUGAACCGGGGAGAAGCCCCGGUUGAUAUACGUGGGGGGACACGUUCGGUCGCGCAAGUGCGUCCGGGCGUCGUGUUGAAAGUACACGCCAUUCAUGAAGACAGAUUCUUCCCUUCACAAACGGGGAGGUAGCAGUGGUGGUGAUACAGUGGGAGUAGAGAGAGGUGAAGGAGUGAUUACCAUGACUACGACAGGAGCCCAGUAUGCCCUCACAGCAUCCACCAGAGCUAAUAACAGUGGGGGUAGCUCUACAACAGUGGGGGUGGAACCUAAACCAAGUGUUGUUGUCGUGACUACUUCCAGCUCCAGUGGCAGUGGUAACGCAGCACAGAGUCAGUCUACAAGAGGACAGCAACUUAUCACUGUUGUUACCAGUCCUGAUCCUUCCAGUCCAAACAAUCUGCAACCUAUACAGUUAUUGGUUCAGGAUCCGCUUGAAACAGCUGCAGAUUCUUCCAACGGCUCAACAGGUACUCCAGCGCAUGUUACAGCACAAGUUGUAGUGAAUACCACCCAUUCUGGUCAGCAUACUCUCGUUGAUUCCGACGCUACAUCCACGUCUGCCGGUACCAUUGUCAGUGGAUCUCCGCAUUUUAUUACGGUAACAGGCACCAGUGACUCACCAUCCUACGCGUCCCUCACAACGGCAGUAGUGUCUGGAGAACCAGAAGCAGUGGGGUCCGAAUCGGUUUCUCAUCCUACUUAUGUUCAAUAUGUUGAGGGGGAUGGUUCCACGUAUAUACCGACAAAUGGUCAGAUGACAUAUCCUGUAUAUGCUGUUGGAGAAGCAGGAGCAAUGUACACUCCUGCUUCUAGUCAGUAUUACACACCAGCAACUACGCCAGUAACGUAUGCUCAGGUUACUGGUCAAGGUUCAAAUUCUACAACCGGACAAUUGUUAUCUCAGGGCAAUGGCACGUAUCUUAUUCAACAGAGUGUUGUAGAUGGGGAUCCUACGGCACACGCGUUAAUAUCUGCAGCCGCUGCACGUGCUAGUCCACAGACAGAAAGUGCGGAAACUGUGGUUAGCGGGGGUGGAGGGGCGUACUUGAUCAGCGGUAAUUCAGGAGGUACUGCUGUCACUGUGGAAGACGCUGCAGCAGCGGCUGCAAACAUGACGCAUGCCACUAGAGUUUCCCAAGCAACAGUUCAUUGGUUGCUCGAAAAUUAUGAAACAGCAGAUGGUGUCUCUCUUCCAAGAUCGACUCUUUACAAUCAUUAUCUACGUCACUGCUCUGAAAAUAAGUUAGAUCCUGUAAAUGCCGCAAGUUUUGGGAAACUAAUACGUUCUGUUUUUUUGGGUUUAAGAACUAGACGACUGGGCACAAGGGGAAAUUCAAAAUAUCAUUAUUAUGGAAUUCGCGUUAAGCCCAGUUCUCCUUUAGUCAUGUUAAAUGAAGAUGGAACACCUCGUCAGCAGCAAGGUACAAAUUCGCAAACGAAACGAUUCAAAUUUGUGAAUCAAAAGCAGGACACUACGUACGAAAAUAAUACGCAUUCGAAUACAAAUAUUUCUUCAAAUAAUUCGCCGCCUCAGUAUCAUCAGUAUCUUGGCGAGGCGAAUGGUGCUAUUCCAGAGUUUCCAGAAAUAAUAGUCGGGCACGGUUCGUCCCUUCCAGAAGAUUGCACGUUAGAAGAUAUUGACACGUUUCGUAGUAUAUACAGAGAACACUGUGAAGCCUUUUUAGAUGCUGUUUUCAACUUUGAGUUUGGUACUGUAGAAAGCCUUUGGAGAGAAUUUUGGCGUAGUCAGGACAAUAAUAAUGGCGAUGAGUGUGAGGAAGAAAAAUAUUUAUCGAAGACUAAGCUAUAUCAAAUGUGUAAAUGCUCAGAAGUUCAAGAUUUCAUAAGGAAAGUUGACUAUACGUUUUAUCAAAAUUUGGUAGAAGUACUAAUGCCUAACGUGUUGCGACCCAUACCGAGUUCAUUAACACAGUCUAUUCGAAAUUUUGCAAAAGGACUAGAGUCGUGGUUAACGUCAGCAAUGGCUGAUUGUCCCGAAGAAAUGACUCAAAUAAAGUUGACUGCUGUGUCUGCGUUUGCCCAGACACUAAGACGUUAUACAUCGUUGAAUCACCUUGCUCAAGCUGCGCGUGCAGUGCUUCAGAAUUCUAGUCAAAUAAAUCAAAUGCUAGCUGAUCUGAAUCGUGUUGAUUUUCAUAAUGUGCAAGAACAGGCUUCGUGGGUAUGUCAAUGCGACUAUGCAAUGGUACAACGUUUGGAAGCAGAUUUUAAGGUAACCUUACAACAGCAGAAUUCAUUGGAAGAUUGGGCAAUUUGGUUAAAGAGCGUUGUAACUCAAGUUCUUAAACCGUUUGAGGAAAAGCCAACAUUUGCAAAAGCUGCUCGACAAUUUUUGCUCAAAUGGUCCUUUUAUAGUUCCAUGGUCAUUCGUGACCUUACCUUAAGAAGCGCAGCUAGUUUUGGAUCAUUUCAUCUGAUUCGAUUAUUGUAUGAUGAGUACAUGUUUUAUUUGAUCGAGCAUCAAGUAGCUGUUGCUACAGGGACAACUCCAAUAGCAGUAAUGGGAGAUAAAAGUCAAAAUUGCUCUUUAGUUAGCGCGUUUGGCGCCACUUCUAACGGAGAUGCAUCAAACACGAGUCAACCAAAGCGUAUGAAACCAAGCUAACUGCGUGCCUACGUCUUUUAGUUUUGGAAGUAAGCCAGUAGCACCUGAGAAUGAAACGUUAGCACAAGAGCAUGCAGGCCUACUAACACACUAGUCCCAUAAAUUAUAAUUUUAUAUAAGAUGAGACCUUAUUGUAUUAUGACUUUAACAAAGAAGAUUUUUGCAUAACGAACGCCCAGGAUAUAUACAAUCUAAGUAAGUUUGUGUGAUAUAAUGUGUAGGAAUAUGUAAUGCAAUCUUGUAUCAUAUUAGUAUAUGGUACAAGUAUAAGGUAUCGCUGGCACGAUGUUUAGUACAUUAAUGUAUCAUCUAGUCGAAACAUCUUUGAAAUGUGUAUGGGACCAUGAAUUUAUCAUGCCCUUAUAGUAUUCAUUAUUGAAAGCUUACUCGACUACAAGUUUCAUUUCUUUUAAAGCUUUCGUACAUACAUAAAAUUCAAAUAACUUAUUUUAAUUAAAGAUGACGAUUAUUUGAAGAUUUAUUAAUAGCCUGCUUAUAACUUGAAUUUUAUAUUACUUAAUGUACUAUAUUUUUUAGCAUGUUGAAAAUUAAGUCGAGUGAGCUUAAAAUCAGUUUGUGCAAAAAAAAAAAAAAAAAAAAAAAUAGUCGGAAAGACAGCAUUUUUAACAGGAAAAUCGUUUUCCUAUAAUUCAUAUCGACGGAUUCUAUUUUGCACAAAUAAUCGAAUAACAUUUUACAAGAUCCGCCCUGCCGACGGUAUUGUCAAAAGAAAAAGAAAGAAAAGUAAUUAUUCCUACUGGAGCAGAUGCAAAUUAGAUUACUAUAAUGGUAUAAUCGAAUUUUAAAAAUUUCCAACAUUCAUAUUUUUUAAUGCGAUUUAUUAAUUAUACAUCGAGCUGCGUAAAAAUGUUCUGUUGUGAGCCGUCUGUGUGUUAUAAUCUAUAUAUAUUCUUUCAGUACUUUUAAACGAAUAGUACAAAACAGCGAUGAGAAAAGUGAAGGUGAAUGUAAUGGUAUAAUAUAAUCGUUUUGAUUUACUGAUAGAAUAUACACUAUGGUUCUUACAUUAAAUGUAUAUAUAUAUAUUUGAAUGGUAUGACAAACAAUUGCACAGUUGUUGAAAUUUAAUAAAAGAGAAAAAGAGAACAUGAAAUUGUAAGCAGUAAAAUCUUUGAGUGUCUUCAAACAUACUUCGCAUUUAUUACAUAAUUUAUGUAUUUAUAUAUAAAAGAAUGAAGAUGAUUUGUAUUUGUAGACACUCAAGUAACUCAUUUAAGUAGUAAAAAAAAAUAACAAAAUUUCAAGUGUAUUUAUGAAUUUAAUGUUAUGUUUUUUUUUGUUAUAUAUGUAUUAUUUUAUGGAAAUAUGUGGAAAUAUGUAAUCUGUUACAAAAGUUGAAGCAUACAUAUUUUUUUAUACAUGGUAUUUAAUUUAAUUAUAUAUGUCAUAACCACUUCUUAAAUGUGGAAACUAGCUAAAUUAAUGCUGAUAUAUUAUAAUUAUUUAUGAUAUAAUACCAAAAGACUUAUCUUCUAAUUUAAUAUGUUCAUUUCUAAGCAUUUUAGUGAAUUCAUUGAGAAAAUGAGCGAGAAAAAGAAAGAGAGAAAAUGAAAAAAAGAGUGAGUGUAUAAUUUGUUGCAUACCAAUACAUUCAUUAAGACUUUAUAGCCAUUAUUACAUUUUGUUUUCAUAAAAGUUAGAUAUGUCUAAAUUUCUCAUAUUUUAUGUCAUAUUAUUCAUUUCUUAUAUUUAAUGACAUGAACAAAUGUAUACAUAUACUAUCAUAUCCUUUGAGAGAAGUACAAAGUUUCAAUGAAAUUACUGUUCAACAUGUUUUUCCAAUAAUUUGCUUAUUAUGAUUAUCACUGAAUGUCAGAAAGUUAUUCUAAUAAUCCCAAGUUUCUAAAACAAAGGGUUCAUUUGUAAAACUGGCACUCAAAUUUGAAUUGAUACUUGCACUAUUGAAUAUUUUGUGGGUUGAAUAUAUCAAAAACUAUAUUUCAAAAUUGUUACAAACUGCACGCGAGAUCGUUCAGAUACAGAAUCGAUGUUGCAAACGUAUUUUUUAUUGCAGAACACUGCUGUAUAGAUUAUGCUGUUUUAUUUUUAAUUAGACUUUGUAAAAGCACGUUACGUAUUUUGCAAGAAUUUGAGGAUUAUUAUAUAAGAAUAUAUGAAUUGCUUGAUUUUUCAAAAAAAAUCCUAAAUCAGACCGUAUCUCAAAGUAGAAAUGAGUAACUGCAUAAAUAUUUGAAUCAAUUAUAGGACGCUACUCUUAUUCAAUAUCAAAUUGAAUGAUGAACACUCCUAUGAACAAACUAAAUGUUUGGCAAAACUUGGUGCCUUUUAUUUCAUACAAGAAAGAAACGAACAUUUUUUUACUGUACCUUGAUUAUAUAAAAAAUCGAGGCCAAACGACCAAAAUGAAUGAGACAGAUAGUUAUGCUCUUCUUUUAGGGCUUCUUUUAUAGUGUUUUACUUUGUAAAAAGAGUUUUUUCAAAGUGAUGGAGUAGAAAAAAAGACUUAAAUAAACAGCUAGCAGGAAAUGUAUGCAUUUUGUAAAGAUAUUGUACCGGGCAAAAAAAAAAAAACGUGGUUGCUUCUUUUAAAUUUAUUUAAAUGAUUGUUUUUACAUCAAAAAAUUUCUUCCGAAGUAAAAAAUUCAUCUUGUUGAGGAUCAUAAUAAAGGGUACUAAAUACUGGUCAAAUUUAUUACAUUGCGAUAUUCAUAAAUAGUUUUAAUGAGAAUAUAAUACAAAUAUAUAUAUAUGUAUGUAUGUAUGUAUUUAUGUAUGUAUGUAUGUAUGUAUGUAUAUAUAUAUAUGUAUGUUUAUUUAUUGUAUAAAAGUAUUGCAUACUAGUCAAACUUUAUAGAUUUAAGUCAAAAACAGGGAUUGAUUGUCACACAGUAAAUUGAUUAUUGGUUGCGCAUUGUAUUAUUUGUGCAAAAGGAAAGAAUAGGAUAUUUCCAUAACUAUAAUGAGCUUAUACGUGUAAAAACUGAUAUGUGUACUUAGCAUAAGAAUGGCUUUCUAAGAAAUUUCUAUAUUUCUUUUCUUGUCAAUAAGGAUUGAUCCGAUGGUGGCAAGUACGACUGAAUAUAGAAACGUGUAUUAAUUAAAUUCAUUUUCAAAAUGAAGCAUUUAAAAAUCAAAAUCCAACAGAGAUAUUAUUAUUACAGAAAAAAAUGAUACUAUUUAAUUAAAUGUUUUGCAUAGUUCUAUAUUCAUCGAUACUUACUUGUACUUUGUACUUUUUAGGUAAGAUUGCUGUUUGUAAGUUUCACAUAAUUAUCACAAAGUGCAAGCAAUUGUAGUCUUGUUGUUGAUGAUAAAAGAUCAAACUUAACAUGGUUUCCUAUGUUGCGAAAGAAGACGGCCUUAAAUAAUUCCAAUUGUAAGACAGAAAAAAAAUUUACUACGUUGUUAAGAGAUGAACACUGAGAACAAACAAAAAAAAAAAAAAAAAAGAAAAUUAAGAGAUACACUUAAAGGAGGAAAAGUAAAAGUAUCGUUUCCUUUAUAACUUAAAGAAAAUAUUUUGAUACCUCCAGAUUUGCACAAGUCGAGUGUCAUUCAUUACUGCUUAAAUAAGAUUAUUUUUACUGAAUGCAGCUCAAAACGAUAACAAUUUAUAUAAAUUAUGUGAGGUGUAAGAAACUCUAAGAACUGUGUGAAUGUGCGAAUCACAAAAAAUUGAAUAAUAAAUAUAUAUGUUUAAAACUUGUAA